UGAAAUUUGAUAAUAUUCACAUUUCACACCACGGUCCACGAUCUUCGCAGUUUGCAGUAGUAUAAAUGUAUAAUACCAUGUAUCGUGCUAAUAUUCUAUUCACUAUUCACAGUACUAAAGUUGUAGUAAUGUAUUAGCUGAUAGGUACACAUUACUCGUUUACAAAUUACAAUACAAACGAAGUGGAUACCGAUGCGGUGAUACCUACUAUCAAUAGUACUACAAAUAUACAAUAUUCAUUCGAAUUACUAAAGGGUAAAAGCAAACUCGUGACGUUUUAGUAUAACUUACGACAUCCCAAGAAAUUAUAAUUAUGGGGAAGUUAAACGUAACUAUGCUGCGUUACUUGACUCGUGAAGACUUUAGAGUUUUAACUGCUAUUGAAAUGGGAAUGAAAAACCACGAACUAGUUCCAGCCUCAUUGGCUGCUUCAAUUGCAAAUCUACAUCAUGGUGGUGUUCACAAAAUCUUAAAGGAACUUUGUAAACAUAGACUGUUGUCAUAUGAAAGAGGAAAACAUUAUGAUGGUUAUAGGUUAACUAAUACUGGUUAUGACUAUUUGGCACUGAAAACACUUACUUCUCGUCAACUUAUUUCAUCAUUUGGUAAUCAGAUUGGUGUUGGUAAAGAAUCAAAUAUUUAUGUUGUUGCUGAUCCUGAAGAUAAACCAAUAUGUUUAAAAUUACAUAGAUUGGGGAGAACAUGUUUUCGUAAUUUAAAAGAAAAACGAGAUUAUCAUGCACAUCGUCACAAGGCUGGCUGGCUGUAUUUAUCAAGAAUUUCAGCUACAAAAGAGUAUGCUUAUAUGGAAGCAUUAUCUAAAAGAGAUUUUCCUGUUCCAAAACCAAUUGAUGUUAAUCGACAUUGUGUGCUUAUGGAAUUAGUAAAUGGACACCCUUUAUGUCGUCUUUAUGAAGUUGAUAAUGUGGAAAAUUUGUACGAUGAUCUCAUGAAUUUAAUUGUUCGUUUUGCUCAACACGGAGUUAUACAUGGCGAUUUCAAUGAAUUUAAUAUAAUGAUUAAUGAUGAGGAAAAACCAAUCGUAAUUGAUUUCCCACAAAUGGUGUCAGUUACUCAUGUUAAUGCUAAAAUGUAUUUUGAUAGAGAUGUUAAAUGCAUUAGAGAAUUUUUCAAAAAGCGAUUUAACUAUGAGAGCCAUUUAUAUCCAACGUUUGAAGAUAUUAUCCGUGAAGAAUUUUUAGAUGUUGAAGUAUCUGCUAGUGGUUUUACAAAAAAUAUGGAUCAAUUUUUAUUGCAUGAACUGGGUAUGGUCGAUAGUGUCGAAGAAGAAUCGGGAGAAGAAAGUGAUUUUUAUGAAAAUGAAAAAGAUGAAGUGGAACAUUUAGCAGAACGAGUAGCUGAACUAAUGAAAGAAGAAUCUUCAAUAGUUCUUGGUAAUUCUACUAUCCCACUAGCUCAAGAAAAGCUAGAUAAUGUAAAAUCAGAUUCUGAAGAAUAUGUAUCAUUGAGUGAAGAUGAUGAUUGUGAAAGUGUUGCAUCAUCAAAAGUAUGUUAUUCAGAUAUACAUAGUGUUAGAAGUAUGUCAACAGCUACAACUAUACCACCAGAAGUAAUUAGGGACAGAGUGAAAAAAGCAUUAGCAAAAAGAGAAAGAGCAGCUGUAAGACAUAGAAAUCUUGCUAAAGGUGAAGCUAGUGCUGUAAAUCGUCAAAGGAGAGAAAACAAAGAUACAAUAAAAGAUAGUUUUGGAAUAUGGGGUUAGAUAUUUUGUUAUGUACAAUUUAGAACUAUGUUAUUGAGUAUAAUAUAAUGUGGAUAUUGUAUAAUAACAAUAUUUUUUUGAUUAAACA